GAAGAAAAAGAUGAAGAAAAAGAAGAACUACAACAACAGCAACAAUAACAGUUGACUGGUGUCAUUUCACCUUCUAUCCCACUCCAAGGGCUGAUGACAGAAUGACACACUAACAACAAUCCAUCCAUCCAUGCAGUGAUGCCUCUCUCUCUAACCCUGUGCCUCCUUCAUCGUUCUGUCUCCUCGUCUACCGUCUGUCCAAUCAGGAGAGAGGAGAGAAGUGACGUCAUGGCGCCGCUCAGAAUCGGUUCAUAAGCGGCUCGCGCGCAGAUUUCAGUGUUGUGAUGGAAGUGCGCGUGGAGCGGAGUUUGUCCGAAUCUAAACUCCAACAGGAAACUGGAAGCUGGAAUUAUUCCUCAUUUAUGCGGCCAUGUUUAUAGGGGACAGUUUUUAACAACAACAAACAGCCUAGAUAGCUUGCCUUGUGUUUGUAGCUCGGUAGUUUAACGCGCGCGCGGAGAGCUCACUGAACACACACACUCACACUCACACACACACACACACACACACACACCGGCAGCAGUGAGAGAUGAAGCUUGUGGUUGCGGUUCUCGCUCUUUGUCUCCACAUCACAGCCCUGAAGGUGGAGGCAGGCGAGGUGUGUCCUAGCGGGAAGUUUACAUCCUCGGGUGAGUGCUGCAGUAUGUGUCCUGCAGGCACAGGCGUGGCGUCCAGUUGUGCACAAGAAGACACCAAAUGCCAGCCAUGCCAAGAGGGUGUGACGUUCUCCAGCUCUGAGGGACUGUCCAGGUGCCAGCCAUGUUCGCAGUGCCCUUUUGGUGUCCCCCAGCUGGAACACUGCACCCUCGACAAAGACACCCACUGUGACUGCGGCCCGGGCUUCUUCCUGUUUAAGCAGAGGAACGAAACCGGCGCUCUCUGUGCCUCGUGUGCCGUGUGUGGUCGAGGAGAGGGUGUGGUGAGGGCGUGUGGCCCUUCGGAAAACACUGUGUGUCAGCCUUGUCGUCCAGGCACCUUCUCAGAGGAUAAAAGCUCCAGCCAAUCCUGCCGGCCAUGCUCCUGGUGCAAAGAGGGCGAGGUAGAGAUCAGGCCGUGCCAGCCCAAAUACGACACGCUCUGCAUGGAUCGAGAACUGCCCAUCUUUUCGAAAAACGGUUCCGAGGGGCCGUGGGAGUUUCCACGGCGAUCCGACGAGGAGAAGAAGAAUAGAUCGGUGACAGGAUCUGAAGCUCCAGACCUUAGCUCUGAGCACCAUCAGGGAGGAAACAACAUCCUGAUCUAUGUGUCUGUGCUGGCAGCCGUGGUGCUGGGACUCCUGAUUUACGUCGCCUACAAGUGCUGGAAAUCGUUCCAGCAGAAGGCAGCUCUGGGGAAAGCACGAGCUGCAGAGCUGAACAACGUGGUUGAAGGGGAAAAGUUACACAGCGACAGUGGUGUGUUCCUCGACUCUCACAGCCUGCAGGAGAGCCAGCUGAGCAAAGGCAUUAAGCAAGACAGCAAGCAGGACUCGCGCUACAGUAACCUGCCCCCUCACAGGCAGGAGGAGGUGGAGAAGCUCCUGGCUGAGGGUGGAAGUCGUAACUGGAGGCAACUGGCCACCGUGUUGGGUUACGAGCAGGAGCGUGUGGACGUGUUUGGCCGUGGCGAGGAUCCCAUCCACACGCUGCUCACUGACUGGGCACAACAGGACAGCGCAACGCUCGAGCUGCUGUCCACCGCGCUGAGCAACAUCGAACGCCACGACGUAGCCAAAGCACUCGGCUCCCCCGAUCAGGGUAUUACCAUGGUCUGAAUUAAGUUCAUUUUAUUGGCCUGAAGGAUGGACAACAAUGAACCCUAAUGAGGAAAAGAGCACAGCACUCGUUUCUGCAUUACAGGGAAAGACUUUACACUCCAAACCCUAAAGGAAAAGAGGCGUUUCCUGCUUGUUUUGUAUUGAUAUAAGUGCCCUUUUUGCUCGAUUUUGCAGCGCUUUCCACCAAGAACAGACACUCUGCUCAUCUUCCUUUCAAGACUGUUUCAGUAUUUAUGUGAAAAGGACAGACUUCCUUUUUAGGAGUGUUGACAAACCAGAACGAAACAUAAUACUGGCUUUGUAAUAAGAAAAAAAAAACCUAGCCCUUUGUUCUUCAUACCACAUUCUAGUAAAUGUUGUCAUUCUGAGUGGUGCACAUGGCUUUGGUUACUGCCUGCAGUGUUUCUGUGCAGUUUUCCACACUUACUCCUAGUGGAGGAAGAGCGUUUUCUUUUCAAAUGCGUUCUCAUUCCUCCAGAAAUAAAAGGUAGAGUCUUACUAAUGCAAACAUUCACUGACUCAUUGAACCUGAGCACAGCCUUCCAACGUGUGACUCAGUUUUCCCCAAACAGAAACAAAAGUACUCACAUGCUGUAAAUGAAAAAGGAAGCCAUGCCUGUUUUAUGGGCAAACUACGUGUUGUAUUCUUAGCAAAUAAUCAUAAAGCAUUGUUUCCUUCUGUGUGUACACAACUGAUCAAAUGAUACAACUAGAAAUGUAGCAGCGAUAGGAAGCAGCACCACGUGUCUUUUGUUUGUCUCGUCAAUCAUGACAUCUCUUUUAUCUGUGUCUUUUAAUAAAAAUGAAUAAUAACCUGUGUGAGCAAA